ACAGUGUGGGGCGUCCUAAGCAUGUGCGCGUGAUGGCGGGCGCCCUGGAGGGAGACCUCUUCAUCGGACCGAAGGCGGAGGAGCACAGGGGCUUGCUGUCGGUCCGGUAUCCGAUGGAGCACGGGAUCGUGAAGGACUGGAACGACAUGGAGAGGAUCUGGCAGUACGUUUACUCCAAGGAGCAGCUGCAGACCUUCUCCGAGGAGCAUCCUGUCCUGCUGACUGAGGCUCCUCUGAACCCCAGUAAGAACCGGGAGAAGGCUGCAGAGGUUUUCUUCGAGACCUUCAACGUUCCCGCGCUCUUCAUCUCCAUGCAGGCCGUCCUCAGCUUGUACGCCACAGGUCGCACCACAGGUGUUGUGUUGGAUUCGGGGGACGGCGUGACUCACGUCGUGCCGAUCUACGAGGGCUUCGCCAUCCCACACUCCAUCAUGCGCGUGGACAUCGCCGGGAGAGACGUGUCGCGGUAUCUCCGCCUGCUGCUGCGCAAAGAAGGCUACAACUUCAACACCUCGGCAGAGUUCGAGGUGGUCCGCACCGUCAAAGAGAGAGCCUGUUAUCUCUCUCUCAACCCUCAAAAAGACGAGACUCUAGAAACAGAGAAGGCGCAGUACGUUCUGCCCGACGGAAGCACUUUAAACAUUGGCCCGGCCCGUUUCCGCGCUCCAGAGCUGCUGUUCAGACCCGACCUGAUCGGAGACGAGAGCUCGGGGAUCCACGAGGUCCUGGCCUACGCCAUCCAGAAGUCUGACAUGGACCUGCGGCGCACGCUCUUCUCCACCAUCGUGCUGUGCGGCGGCUCCACUCUGAUCAAAGGUUUUGGGGAACGACUACUAACUGAAGUGAAGAAGCUGGCGCCCAAAGACGUGAAGAUCAAGAUUUCCGCUCCUCAGGAGAGGCUCUACUCCACAUGGAUCGGCGGCUCCAUCCUGGCGUCGUUGGACACCUUUAAGAAGAUGUGGGUGUCGAAGCGGGAAUAUGAAGAAGACAGAGCGCGUGCCAUCCACAGGAAGACCUUCUAGGCGGAGCCGGCGCUCUGCCGACGCCCCCAGAACUGCCCUCAAAUCCCCCGUCAUCCUGUCGGAGACCCCUGCACCUGUCAUCUCCG